GCAGUUUUUUUUUUUUUUUUUUCUCUCGGCGUUCAGAAACCCAGCCCUCGUCAAGCAGCUUGGAAGGUAGUGAACAUUCAUCACGCUAGAGCGCGAUCAACGAGAAUGAAAUGGGGGACGAAGGGAUAUCCGAGUACGAGAAGCGUAGGCUCACGAGGAUCGCCGAGAACAAAGCAAGGCUGGAAACACUUGGGCUUCCCCAUCUUGCCUUCUCUCUUAUCGGUUCUUCUUCCAAACAGCCGCCGAAGGCGCGGGACCUAAAGAAGAGUAAGGAUAAGCGCCUCGUCGGAGCUGGCGACGAGGAAGAUGAGGAUUACAGGCCCUCUGAUGAUGAUGCAGGGGCAGAGCAGGAUGGUGAAGGGGAGAGUUCAGUGGACAGCGAAGAAGAGGAAGAAAACGCGAGGGCUUCUUCCAUUUCCCGUUGGAAGAUUAAGAAAAGGAGCUCCUUGCCUUUUGCAAAAGUUAAGAGAAGAUCAAAUGUGAUGGAAAGCCAGAAUGAAUCUGAUUUUAUUGAUGAUGAGGCAGCUUUGAUGCAGGCUAUUGCUCUCUCUGUUGUUCCGUAUCAGUGUUUGAAACUUCUCUUGCAGGCCAUUGCUCUCUCAGUUGGAGCAACUUCAGGUGACUCAGCUGGAACAUCAGUGGGUGUUUCUCAAGAUUCUGCUAUAAAUACAGCCGGGGAGGAUGCCCAGGGGAAAAAAUAUAAGGCAAAGGCACAAGAAUCCGCCAGAAGAAAGAAACCUAGAAAAUUGAACAAGGCUCCCGUUCAAUUAACUGAGGAUGAAGUGACUGCUUAUUUCUUCUCAUUUGACGAAACUGGUAAAGGUUACAUUACCACAAGGGACGUGAAGAAAAUGGUCACUGCUCAUGAUUUUAGUUGGACAGAUAUUGAGAUUGCUCAUAUGAUUCAUUCCUUUGACAGUGAUGGAGAUGGAAAGUUGAGUCUAGAAGAUUUCCGGUCCAUCGUAUCCAGAUGUAAAAUGAUACAAGCGACUGAAAAAACAUGAAAUGCUGUAUUCUAGGUAUGAACACUAGCAG